UUUGGCGUCGCACACCUGCUAUCGAGAAUAAUAGACAGAUGACAAGAGAGUGAAAAAAUGGAAACCUAAACAAAAGUGCUUUCGUGACUGCAAAAUAUUUUCUUAAAAAGAAAGUUUUCAAAGUAUCCGUGAAAAAUCGAUAUGAGAUUUAAAAAAACUCAUUGAACUCUCUGAUCAUUGUGUGGAAACUGCCUAAGUACUCGAAGCAGACGAUGGACAUUCGUCGCCUGGCUUCCGAUCAGCCAGACGAAAGUCUCAAGAUGGUAGAAAUUGAUUUUCAAGCCUUGUGCCGUAUAUGUGGCGCGCUUGGAGAAAAUUUGACUUCGGUGUUCGGUAAACGAGCUGCGGAUCGGUUGCGGGAACGAAUUGGCAAGUACCUGCAGAUUGAGAUAUUAGCAGAGGACUGUCUGCCUACAAAAGUGUGCGACGGAUGCCGAGAAACGCUCGACCGAUUUCAUGACUUAUUUGAAAAAUGUCACCGUACGGACGAGAAGUUUCGGACGAUGAUGAAUGCGGCGGAAGAGCUAAAGGAGAUGGAAAAUGAUACGAGGAUUCUUACUGAGGAAGACGAAGAGGAAUUGGUAGAUGACGAGCCGAACGUGCCAGCCGAAACUUCGAAAAAGUUACAGCAAAACGAGAACCAAAAUGCAGAAAUGGAUGAACAGACGGAGAAGAAAGGGAAACGGUUAACCCGCAGCUCCAAGACAUUCACGUGUAGUUUUUGUAAAACGAAUGGCACAAUCAAGACCAACACGUUCGCCAGCAAAAGCAACCUUGUGGAUCAUCUGAAAGAUCAGCAUUCCGAGCAGAUUUUCCACUGCGAACAGUGUGAUAACUACUUGGACAGAAACGUGCUGAUUCAACACAUGACCAUGCAUGCGCUGAGCCUGUUCAGCCAGCCUGGCGCGAGUGAUUCCCAACCGGAAGAUGAAGAUGACCAGGAACAGCAUACGUCCGGAGUGGACUUGGAGGAAGGUGAAGGAAGCCAUCAAACGGCGGAAGGUAAGUCUCGCGAGGGCACAGAAAUCGGCAAAGAAAAUGAUGAAAAAUCUCCCCCACCAAUGGAAGCGAAACCCGAUGUCCGCAAACUGUACUGCUACAUUUGCGAAAAGACUCUUGCCAAUCGUAGCGCAUACUCGUAUCACAUCAACCAGGUUCACCUGAACAUCAAGAAUUUCAACUGCACGUAUUGUAAUAAAAAAUUCGGAAACCAAAGGCUGUUGAAUAACCACGUGGCAGGGGUACACUCGAGGGAUCGCAACUUCACGUGUUCCACCUGUUCGAAGCGGUUCAAAACAAACGUGGCGCUGUACAACCAUCAGCGUAUUCACGACGAGAGCGAAGUCAAGUUUUCCUGCACGUUUUGCGACAAAAAAUUCCGCUACCGAAACCAUCUUACUAGUCAUCAGUUAGUGCACAUGAACGAGCGAAAUUUCCCCUGUAAUCAGUGCGAUAAGAAAUUCAAUAACCCGGAGAGUUUGCAGAAGCACAAACUUACCCAUGUCGAAACGCUUCCUUAUCAGUGUCCGCUGUGCGGAUUUAGCACCAAACAAAAAAGGUAUCUGGUGAUGCACGCCAAGCGAAUUCAUAUGGUCCGGUAAGAGGGACCACACCAGUAGCCAACAGCGAAAAAUGGAGCCAAUGUCGCACAAUAUAGUAUUGAGAUUUCAUUCCCCAACAAUGUAGGUUUAGUUUUCAACUCGAAAUGAUGUUUGAAUUGAUGUACUAACCAAUUACACAGUUUAAAAUAAGUGGCUAUUCUAGAAUGUAGGCAACGUUUACGUACUCAAAAAACAAGCACAUUCAUAAACAUACACAAGUAGAACAUAUGAUGGUGAACCAGUUUUUUUUAUUGAUUUAGUAGAGGAAACUAUAGAAAUCGCGCUACGUUUAAUGGCUACCGGUGUACCUGAAAUGCAUUAGCGACUAGAAGAGAAGCAAAGCAACAGAAGAUCAAAGUUUCAUAGUGGAGUAACAGUAGGAAACAACCAACAUAAUACUGAACGUUUUAGAUUGUAUUGUAGAUAAAGUUCUGCUCCGAUGGAUUGUUUGUCUCGUUAAAUUAGUUGUUAGUUGUUUUCAAAGAAAGGCAAAAAUAAACAGUAGUCUUAUUUAUAUUGACAGUAUUAUACAUUAUAGAACCGUUAGUUACAUGUGCCGCGUCGUAAUUUAUUUCCAACCCGCUUGAUAUUAUCGCUUCAAUGUCGUAUUUAUUGAAAUAUACACCCAAUUGUCAUUCUUAUGCUAUAUUA